AUGUCUGAUCUGAGCGCUUCUGAGUACAUAAGCCAGCAAAAUGCCUUGGAAGCAGAAGCUCGUGAACUAAUGCCAUGGAAUCCCAACCACUGCACAUAUGUAGACGGCGACCUUCGACAAUCAUUGUUCGCAUGCUUGGAUUGCAAUAACAUAGGUUUAUGUUAUUCAUGCUCCAUACAGUGCCACGCCCAAUGCAAUUUGGUGGAGCUAUUUACGAAACGAGGCUUUACGUGCGAUUGUGGGACCGAAAGGCAAUCUCAGCGAAGACAAGGCAACAGCGAUUACUGGUGUCAAUUGCGCCAAAAUGUCUCGCGCGACAUUCCUGGUUUGUCUAACGUCUAUGGCCACAAUUUCGAGGGCCGCUUCUGUGAUUGUAACACGAAGUACGAUCCCGAACACGACAGCACGAUGAUUCAAUGCGUGCUAGGUCUGGAAUGCAAUGAAGAUUGGUUCCACUGUGCAUGUAUUCUUGAGACGCAAACAGUGGCUGUCAAGGGCGAGAGCAACGAUAGCAGGCUCAACCUCCAAUCAGAUGAAGAAUUACCCAGAAACUUCCCAAAACUGGAGUCCUUCGACGCUUUUGUGUGCUGGAAAUGCAUUUCGCGCUACUCUUCGAUUUUCCGUGACUUGCUGGCACAUGCACGCUCUCAAGAAGUUGUUGCCCAUAAAGUGUCGCACUUGAAUAGCUUACAGAAAUUCUCAGGUGCUGCUAAGAUGGAGAUAGAUGCAAAGAAGCGCAAAUUGGAUGAUCUUGACGAUACAGAAGGCGAGAACCCCCCGUUUUCAAUUAUGUUCAAAGAGGGUUAUAAGGACGUUUUGCAUUCGAUCAAAAACGAACUGGAUAAGACUAGCAAGCUUUCCGUGUUUCUGGAAGAGGUGGCGCCUUUUCUGACCGGUGACGACCCAGUUUACGAGCCCCCUGAUGACCUAGAUGAUGAUGCGUCCACUUUCGAAAUGGGAGCACAGGCGUUGUGCUCAUCUGUUGAUAGGGAUGUUGCCGUCGCUGGCAUAAAAGCCAUGGAUGACAUCAAACAAAAGCUCAGCGAGUUCCUGAGGCCAUUCGCUGACUCUGGCCUAGUAGUCAAAGAGGAAGACAUCAGAAGCUUUUUCCAGAAACACAAGGAAGAAUCGCAAAGAUAA